AAGUGACAAGCAGCAACCCUCUUGGCAUUACACGAGUCGACGGGCGGGAUAUCCGCAAUAGCUAAUAACAUGGCGAAGACUUACGAUUACUUGUUCAAACUACUUUUAAUCGGCGAUUCAGGCGUCGGAAAGACAUGUGUGCUAUUCCGAUUUUCAGAGGAUGCCUUCAACUCAACGUUUAUCUCCACGAUAGGUAUUGACUUCAAAAUAAGAACAAUAGAACUAGAUGGGAAAAAGAUCAAGCUACAAAUAUGGGAUACGGCAGGACAGGAGAGAUUCCGAACCAUUACAACGGCCUACUAUAGGGGGGCCAUGGGCAUCAUGUUAGUAUUUGACAUCACCAAUGAGAAGUCCUUCGACAACAUCAAGAACUGGAUACGGAACAUCGAAGAGCAUGCCUCGGCAGACGUGGAGAAGAUGGUCCUUGGGAACAAGUGUGACGUCAACGACAAGCGACAGGUGUCCAAGGAACGGGGAGAGAAGCUGGCACUGGAGUACGGUAUCAAGUUCAUGGAGACCAGUGCAAAGGCCAACAUUAACGUGGAGAACGCCUUUUUGACCCUUGCCAGGGACAUCAAGGCUAAAAUGGAUAAAAAGCUGGAGGGCAACAACCCCCAGGGAAGUAACCAAGGGGUGAAGUUUACAGAGCAGCCCAAGAAGACCAGCCUUUUCCGCUGUACACUCCUGUGAGGAGAGAGACGGACGGACCGCUGUUGGAAAAAAAAAAAAAGCCACCAUCGCCUUAACUGUGUCCCGACAGGACUGGACAGAGCAUGCACAGAUCCUUCACCUCACCCCUCUCUCCCAGUUCUGGUUUUCCCGCCGCUGGUAUCCUUGCAACAACAAAAGAAAUCCCCCCACUUUCUCUUCCAUAGUCAAUUGAAAAACAUUAGCUUCUUGCUCUGCUUAUGGCCUCAAACAGAGUACCUCAUAAAAUCUGAGUACCAUGUUUACAGCAACAGUCAUAACAAAACGUUUUUUCUCACAGUGGCCAUCCCUCGACACUCGUCCUUGAUUGGUUACCUGAACAAAUGAUUUGAUUCUUAACUCCCUCUGUCCUGAGGCCAAAGCCCCACCUCCCCAACUCUGCAGCCCCAGGUUUCAUUGUUCAAUUACUCAGGGAAUCCUUCCAAUUAUAUUUCCAAAAAGAUAGUUUUGCUGAUUAUUUUUACAGAUAGUUACUGAUCAAAUGUAUACAUUUUGUUACUCUUUAACAAACGGAAUCGUCUCUGGCAUUUAAAGGCUAUCCAUUUAACAGUGUUAUUUGACACACGGAAUUGCGUAUAUAUGCAUUUUCAGUAAUUGCCGAACUCUUGCCGGCAUACACGACUCUGAAGUUCAUCCCUUUUUCAGUCUCAUCAGCUUCAUUACCCACAUUUUCUUUUCCUUUUUGGGUAAUGCUGACUCUUGAAGCUGCUUAUGCUAAGAUGCUAUUUCUUCACUAAUCUGUGUCACUUUCUAUAGGCACAACUGACCCAGUUGAAUGGCCUUAGACUUUGGAAGUGGUGUUGGUUAAAGCUCACUGAAAAGGAAAAUAUGGAGUAAAUACAGAUUGGCCAUUUGUUUCUUAAAACCAUACCAUCAAGGACGUAAACUUCUUGACAAACUGACAAACCAGGUUGCGAUGUUCCUAGAAAUCCUUGUAAUUUCUCUUAAUAGAAAUGGCAAUGGAUAUUCUAGGCCAGUUAGGCUUCUUUCCAUCAAUUUUUAAUGAUUUGAUUUUAAUGAUUUGGAAAACUGACAUCAUUCUGACAACAUGCUGACGUUGUAACACUGAUCGUAAGCAGUGUCUCUACAUCUCCCUAAAAGCAGUCACUUAAACAAUGCACUUUCAGCUUAUCGUCUAUCCAUUCAUUCUUAUGCCUGAUUGGCAUUUAUUCUCAGUAUCAGGUUAACAGGUAUUUCCUUCAUAGGAUUCUAAACUUCAUAUUAAUUUCUUCUGUAAAUAUAUAUAUGUAUGUAUGGCAUAUGUGAUCAAGUUAAGGGUGCAUUCACUUAAUGUACAUACUGACUAGACUAUACAUAGGUUUGAAUGUCGGUUAUAAUGACCCCAAUGUUUGUAUAUCUACAGCUGAUACCUUCAUCUUUAUUUUUGUCUUCGGCCAUCAUUUACAGUCUAAAUUAGUCAGUGUGCCAGUGUGUCUUUCUCAUCGCACAUUACAUUUUAUUUUAUUUUUCAAUGCCACUAUGUAUACAUUUUCAGUUGUAAUGCUGAACCAUUCCACAUUUAGAGUGAACUAGAAGUUUGGUCACUGUUAUGAGAGGCACAUGUAUUCAUUGUCGAUCGUCAAUAUUUAGGUAAAAUUCUAAGCAGACUCUGUUUUUUUUUUUAUAUGAUUCAUUUUGUUUAAGGUAUUCAGAAAUGCAAAGGAGACACGAUUAGAUUGAGGUUGAGGAUUGUCCAUGCACUUCAACUGUUGGACUAGCGACACUGAUAUGAAAUGCGAUACCAAGUGUAACACCAGGGGGCCAUAUAGGCUAUGUUGCAGUGGAGGCUUUCUGGUGAACUUGAUUUGUAUGUUGAAUACAUUUAUAUUUCUUCCAGUUCAUAGUUUUAAGAAGGGGAACUUGUUUUCCGGCCCUUGGAAGGUGGGCUGUACUGUAGCAGUAUUUAUGAAGUAAACAAAGUGCCCUUUGAUUUCCUAAUGCACUUUUUCAAUCUUUCCUUCUGUACAACAUGUCUUUGGAGAAGGGCUUCUGAGCACUUGGAGACGUUUUGUUCCAAAAUGGGAUGCACAGAAUCCUCACCAUCUUUCACUCUUCUUCUUUCCGUUCUUUUCGCUUUGUCACCGAGUAUGCGUUUUACCUCUAUAGGGUGGUGGGAGGGGCCUCACAAACGGGCUCCUUUUUAUCCUCAUCUGAGGCCUCGUUCUGAAAAAAAUAUGAAAUUAGCAAAUAGAUUUGGAUCCAUAUUUAGAAUAUAAUAUUUAUGUUUUUUCGGCUUAGGUCCACCCCCCUUUUUUUUUAUUCUCAAAACAUUCCUCCAAAAAAAAUCCCUAAUCUGUAAUUAUUAUUUUUUUGGUACGUAUAGGCCUACAUGCACAUUGAUUUCCAGUGAGUUUGAGAGUUAAUAGAAAAGCGAUAAGACUUUCCAUCUCUUGCGACACAUUCCCAUUUUGCUUGUCAUAACCUCAAUACGACGCUGACCAAGUCAUCAGAAUUAUGCAUCUUGUAUGUUCCUGAUUAAUUCACAUUACUAUUGAUAUUAUAUUAAAGAAUUUCACUGAUUUUAGAAAUGUUCAGAGGGGCUUAGUUAUAGAGCCAUUCUUGUCUUUUAUUUGCUUUUGUUCCGCUUUAUUUUCUGCUUUAAGAGUUUGUUUGGAGCUCAAGUCAUGAUAUCCCUAGUACCCAAUAAUUAUAUUGAACUUUGUAUUUCAGCACUUUACACAAUACCAAAAUGUAAUGGUAACCUUGUUACCAGACGAAAACAACUAUUUGAACUCUUGGAAAUGCCUCUGGAACAGGUUGAGGGUAUUUUUGUAUUGGAGCUUUAAAAGGUAGAUAUUACAUGAUUAAUCUGCCACAUUGAUGUUGA